AUGACAAGGGCGUCGAACACGAAAUAUACCUCCCACAGGGUACCAUGCACAGGGCCUAGGAAUACCUACAGAACGAGCAAUGGGACGAGCUUGCCAAAUUUGAGCCGUACACGAACCAAGGAUAUACCGAGGAUGAUUUUAAGGCAUAUGAAGAGAGUCACCAACACGAAGGACAAGAGAAGUAGAUGCUACAGAGACACCUCUAUAUGUCUCUGA